AUGUUUUCUAUAAUCCUGCUCUCAUCAUUCUUUGUAAUCUUAACAACGGCUGCGAGCGAAGAAAGGCGAACAACAGCAACUUGCAGUUCUGUCCUUUGUGACUCUUGUGCAUCAGCCUCUUCCUUUGAAUGCUCAUCAUGUUCAAGCUCUGCUAUAAGCAUAUCAAAUAUAUGCCUACCUUAUUGUCCAUAUGGAUUUCUUACUGAUCCCUGCACCGAAUAUAAUCUUAGGAUCAUAAAUGCACAAUUUGGCCAAAAUAAAUUUACAGGUACUUACGCUAGUGAAUUAACCGUAAACGAUGCAAGUCGCUAUCAGUUUUUUAACAAUCCUGAAGAUCUUGAUCCUAUCCCAACACUCUGACAAGGGUUGUAUUUUUCUGGAGGGAAAUUUUUGAAGACAAGUACAAGUUUUUAUCCGAAUGUUAAUAUAGCCUUUUCUUUGUGGAUUCGCCCUUCGAAUGUCUCAAGCACCAAUGAUAUUUUAUAUUUAAAAGUAACUGAUUCGUGGCUUCUAAGAAUUGAUGGAACUGGAGGAAUUACUGCAAAUCUAGAAAAAACUGAUGGAUCCCAUGAAAUAACACAAGAGAUUGAAAAAAACAGAAUAAUGGUCAACAAUACCUGGAGCUUUAUUUCUUAUUCCGUUUCAUACUCUCCCUCAAUGCAGCAGACAACAUUAACCCAGUAUGUGGAUAAUGUUAUUGACUCGUCUCUUCUCGUGAAUAAUAUGAUAUUCAGGUUUUAUAAUGCCGCACAAUUUUCAUUGAUUUUGGGUUGUGGACCUGCAGGAAACUUUAAAGGGUUUAUUUAUACAUUUGACUAUUGGAAUGUGGAAAUUCGUGAUUUUUCUAAUACAUUUUUGCGUUUCUGCGAUGGAUCAAUUGACUGUUUUCGAAAUUGUGAAAUAAAUCAGUAUUCUACUGGAACAAGUUGUGAGCCAUGUGAUUCGUCGUGCACAGCUGGAUGCAUGGUCAAGCACAGAUCCCAACCUAACACCCCCACCCCCCAGUUUGGAUGUAUACAUCGCACCUCCACCCCCUCAGAUAGUAUGUAUGGAUCACACCCCCACCCCCCUUGUAUCCAUGGAUCCCACCCCACCCCCAUUCCAUUAAUAGAUGCCACCCCACCCCCCACCCCCCUAUAUAAUGUAAAUUGUAUUAAAGGUAAUUAAAGCAUAUUAAUUGUUCAAAAGCAUAAAAAUUAAAAAAAAUCGGAUACAAGUGCUAAUGAGUUGGCAUAUUUUCAAGCACAUACCUCGUGGCUUAAAUCAUAUAAAGGUCAAAAUUUUCCAUAGAAUGCAGGCUACCUCCCCCCCCCCAUUUAAUAAAGAAUAUAACCGUCAUUUUUUUCCUAAAUUUUUUCCUUAGGCCCCAUUUAAUAACGAAAAAAUUUUACUAUAAAAAUUUAUAUAAGCUAGUUUAAUCUUUAAAGUUUACUAUUUUAAGUAGUUAGAGUAAGAUAAGAACAAGCAUAAUCGAGCAAGAAUAAUAAAUAAGAGCUAAUAAGCACUAGUGACAUAAUCUUAAGGUGGUGCUUUACUCUCCCCUCCGUGAGCGAACAAAAAAAUCUCGUUUGCUCACUAAUGGGAUUAAUCUUUUUUGUAAAAAAAAUUAUAUAUAACUUUAUAGAAAAUUUUGUUUUACGAAAUUUAAAAAAAAAAUCCUAAUUCGCAAAAAUUGGAAAGCAAAUAUUAUUAUGUAUUGCAAUAAUUUCUUAUCAUGCAUAUGCAUGUCAUUUUUGAUUUGGUAUGUGAAAACCAAAUAUACGUUUCAAAACGCAGAUUUUAGUGCGGCAAAUUCAUAAUUUGAAAUUUCAUAUGAAAAUGGCGCGUAUAACGUCCAUAAGAAAUUUUACCAACGGAUUAUAAUUGAAUUUGUAAAAUUUAUGUUUUAAAAACGUAAUUUGUUUAAAAUUAAACAGAAUUAGCCAGAGAUUUCCUUAUAAUAAUUAUCGCUUAUAUAUCAAACUUUUUUCCAUAAAAAAAAUUUUUCUAUUAAAAAAUUUUUGUUUGCUCACGAAGAGUGAGGGACUUUUUUAAUGGUUUUGUUCGCUCACAGAGGGGGAGAGUUACAAUAGUUAUCUUUUCGCAUGAAUUUAGGCGCUUUCUUUCUGUUACUAUCAUUUGAAUUUUUUAUUAUUAACCCUUCAUUGAAAUUUUUAUAUAAAACAUCAUAGAUAAUUUAAUAUAAUUUUAUAUUUUUUUUUUCCAAAAAUUUUAUAAGUUAGACCCAUUUAAUAGCGAACAAAAAAGUGUUCGUUAUUAAAUGGGGGAGUAAAAGACUUUAUAAGAGAUAUCAAAUAUUUUUUGGAUCAUUUAUUGAUUCCUUUCUAUUUAGCAGGUUUUUCUGGCAAUUAUUUUAUUUUAAAUGUAUUCUAAUUAUUGGCUAUAUCAGUCUAUGCUAAAUAUACUUAUGAUCAUUAAUAUUUAUUUAUGAAUCUAUUUAUGAAUUAAUUAAAAUUUUCUUAUAUGUCUUAUUUGUAAGAUUUGAUACUUAUAUGUUUAUAUAUAUGAUAGGGGUGUGGGGGGUGGAGGAGUGGGAUCUAUUAGCAUAGGGGGUGGGGGUGUGAUCCAUAUAUACUAGGGGAGUGGGGUGGGAUCCAUGCAUGGGGGGGUGGGGAUGUGUCAGGUUGGGAUCAGUGCUUGACCAGAUGCAUACGAGCUGGAACUUGCAGUCCGUGCAUAGAUCCCCUAUGCAAAAAUUGCACUGGAUUUGGUACUCAAGAUUGCAUAGAAUGCGUUGAUAAUGCUUAUUUUAAUAAAGGCAUCUGUAACUGUGCUUCAAAUACAUUUUGAAACAGUGCAACCAAAAAAUGCGAAGCUACAAUCACUUGCGAUUUAUAUGAUGAAUCAGUCUGCAUUCACUGUGCGCAAGGCUAUUUUUUAUUUGAAAAUGUUUGCAUACUAAAAUGCCCCACUGGUUACUCACAGUUAGACUCUUUAUGUGUUAUAAAUCCAGAUACAAAUGGAUUUGUAUUUAAUUUAAUGCCUCACCAAAUAAAGAAUACAGUUAGAGAUUUACAAUCAAAUAUUUCAGUCACAACAGGAAUGGAUGAUGGCUUCUAUCCAAAUUAUAUGUUUACUGAUCCUUUGGCCGCAGAGUAUCGCGGAUAUUAUUUUAAUAUGUGAUCCUUCAUGAAAUUUGAAGAUCCUUUUUAUUUUGCUCCCAAAUUUACAAUCUUGACUUGGAUAAAUCCACAAAAAACUGGCUCAUGCACCCUUUUAGAAAAAGCAAUCAUAUACAAUUAUAACCCAGCGAGUUUGCAACUUGGAUUUUUUAAUGGGCUUUAUCCAUUCCUUUCUUUAGAACUGGCUGAUAAAUCAACAGUGUCUUACAAAAGCUUAAAUUUUUUAGCAACGCAGCAAUGAAAUCUUUUAAUAGUCUCUUCCAGCAUAAAUUCUGAUCAAGCUUUAAUAAUUUCUUUUCAAAUUAACGGUGUGGCUGAUCGCUCUAGCGGGCUUUCAAAAUCAUGAUUUGAAGAUUCUGAUAUCAAAGAGAUUUAUAUAGGAGCGUUUUACAGUUACAACCUGGAAAUAAGCGGCAGCUUUACUGGGUUCUUAUGGGAUUUAAAAAUUUACAAUAAGAUAAUGGAUUUUUCAGCCUUAUAUUCAACUGGAUGCUCAUCCUCCUGCUCUCUAUGCCCGCUUGAUAACUCAGGAGGUUGCAUAGUUAACUGCAAAUUGACUCAAUAUUGAGAUGGAAACUCAUGCUUACCGUGCAAUAAAUCUUGCUAUAAUGGCUGUGUCAGGCCUGAUCUAAACUGUAACUUAUGUAAUGAUAUAAUAUGUGACAUUUGUGAUGAUUAUGAUAAUACAGUUUGCAUAAAUUGUAAAGCAAAUGCGCAUUUGUCAGAUGAUCGAUGCUCAUGCAGCGAUGGGUAUUAUUGGAGCACUGUAAAUGAAAAGUGUGAAGCUUGCCAUAUUUCAUGCAAGGUAUGCAGAAAUGGCGACUUUUCAAACUGUAUUGUUUGUGCUGAGGGCUAUUUUAUGAUUAAUGGGCUAUGCCUAGCAUUCUGCCCCUUGGGCUAUGUUGAAAGUAAUAAUUUGUGCAAGCUUGUAAACUCCCAGAUUUUCCAUUUAGAUUUAAACACUUUGCAUGGGAUUAUUUUUGACAGAAGCUCAGAAAUCCCAAUUAUUACAGGCAAUAGCUCAAAUUUUUAUAAAAAUUAUGAUCACGAUGACCCAGUCCCUGCUUAUCUCAGGGGGUUUUAUUUUGAUGGAAUCUCAUCAGUUCUCUAUUUGCCAGAAAACUCCUUAUAUCAGUCUCCAAAAUUAAUUAUGAGCCCAAUAAUAACCUACUCAAUAUGAAUUAAUCCACAAAGCGCAGACAUGACUAUAGCAUCAAUUCAUGAUUCUUCUAACACUAAAGAAUUUGAGCUAGAAAUUAUUAAUUUAUUGCCAACUUUAACUAUAAAUCUUCAAUAUGCAGGCAUAGUGACUUAUGCCUGUUCGAACAUUGUUUCUCUGUAUGAAUGAAACCAUUUGAUGAUUUCGACAUUAUUAGACAGGCUAGGCCAUACUUAUAUAUCAUGCACAAUAAAUGCGAUCACAAAUUCAAUGCCAACAGAUAUUGGGGUUUCUUAUUAUCAGGCCUCUAAGUCGGGGACGAGAAAUAUUAUAGGUGGGAAGCUGCAUCAGUCAAAAAUUGAUGGGUUUUUUAAAGGGUUCAUUUAUGAUAUUCAGAUAUUUAACUCUGCAAAAGAAAUAUCGUACUUGGCUCAAUCUAGAUGCUUUGAAACUUGCUUAGCAUGCUUGCCAACACAAGUUUGCAUCCCGAAUUGUGGAAUAGACGAAUUUUGAUCUGGAUCUCAGUAUAAUAACUGUACAGCCUGCAAUUCAAAUUGCCAUCUUGGGUGCAAAGAUUCCCUACCGAACUGCAAUUUAUGUUUUAAUUCUAUAUGCGAGCAUUGCACAGAUUAUGCCUCAGAUACUUGCACAAGUUGUGUGCAAAAUGCUGAAAAUGCCACUUCUUGUAACUGUAUUGAUGAAUAUGGCCUAAGCAACGAUUUAACAAGCUGUGUUGAGUGUUCUAUAGGAAAAUACCCCCAUGAAGGUUUAUGCAAAAAUUGUCCAGCUCAAUGCACUUCCUGCAACAACAGCACGAUUUGUUUUGAAUGUGUGGAAAAUGCAGAAAUGUAUGAAAAUGUAUGCAGAUGCAAGACUGGAUAUGGAAAUACAAAUUGUGCCACUAUUGCUUAUUUUAAUGCAUCUAUAAAGGUGAAUUUUGAUAAUACGUUGAACUUGACUUUUUCUGAAGAUUUGCUAAAUCCUUUACUGGCCAUUGAUGUUAAAAUACAAAUAUCAAGCUUAGAUGAAUCUGAUUUUUCAUAUACGAUCAGCAAAAUAAAUGAUGCAGCUUGAAUAAUUGACUUAGAAGCCUACGUCGAAAUUGAAAAAGAGACAGAAUUAUCAGUAAUUUUGAAUAACUCAGUUUCAAAGACUAAUGCAAUUUUAAUAGAGCAGACUUUAACUGGGGUUUUAUACUAUUAUGAUCCUUAUCCAAACAGCAAUAUCCUUUCAGAUUUCUCGAUUCAGUCUUCAGCUGCAUUUAAAGCUUUCCUUGGCCUAAACUUGGCUGUUUCAUUUUUUACUCCAAAUCCUUCAGGGUUUUGGUCUUAAUCUUAAUUAAUUUAGUUUAAGUAACUCAAGUAUAAGUUUGGGUUUCCUUCCUACUCCAAACUUUUCGCCAACGAAGCAUUUACCCAGUCCUGUCGCUUUACCAUACUAAGGUGGUUCAUUAAGGGCUUUGAUCAAUGAUUAGCAUAAUGCAAGUCAUUUAUUAUUUGGGACUAUCAAAAAUUCCAAUGUCAGAAUCUUUUGCAUCAUUUUUAGAAGAUUUAAAUGCUGUUAGAUAUUUUCCAAAUCUAUUUUCAGCUUUUAUCGACUAUGAUGAAGGAAUAUCACCAUACGAUGAGGCAGUAAAAUUCAAUUAUAAAAGUGAUAUAGCAUUUCUCAAUGCUGGAAGUGAUCUAACAAUUUUCAUUAUUACUUCUGUAGCUUGCAUUUUUAUAUACGCAAUGAUAAAAAUAUCUAACUCUUAUAUUUCAGGAGCCCUCUCACUCCCCCCCCAUCCUUGAUCGAACGACUCGCCAUCGUUCGAUCAAGUAUGGUGGUUAAAAAAAAAUUUUUUUGGGAAAAAAUUUUAUAUAUAAAAUAAAAUAUAUAUAUAAUUUUUUUUUUAUUUACUUUUAAAUAAGAGUGUUAAGAGUAUUUAAUAAUUAUUUUUACAGCAAAAAAUUGAAUUAAUUUCAUAAAAAUACCAAUUUUUUUAUAUUUUAAUUUAUUAGUUACCCCUUUAAACUGUAUAAAUUUUAAUUUGUUACUUAUUAAAUUUAAAUUUGUUUUUUUAAAUUUUAAAAAAAUCUCUAUUUUAUUAAAUUAUUGAGUUUUUAAGCCCAUGCUGAUGACUAAAUUACUUUGAAUGGUUGAUUCCGAAGCUUUCUAUCGUCUCAAAGUCUCUGAAAACAACUUCAUUAGGUACAUCUUCCCAAGCUUUUGAUAACUAUUAUAUUUUUAUAUAUAUAUAAAAAUUUGCAUGAUAUGAAAAUCGUUCGAUCAAGGAUGGGGGUAAUUUCCCCAAUUUUUAGGAAUUUUUACAGUCAAUCGUUCGAUCAAGGAUGGGGGGGGGGAGUCAGCCAUUUUCAAGUAUUUUAAGUAUUCAAUAUUCUUGAGAUUUUGAAUACAAACCUAUUUAGACGUGGGCAUAGCUGCAAUUUUAAGCUUAUCAUAUGUAAGAUCUAUUUAGUUUUCGAGUGAAAACUCAGUCCAAAUCUCAAGUUCAAUAUUUUCUAUUUUCUUCCUUGUAAGAAAUAUUUAGAUCUUUGUGGUAGCAUCUCCCACAGCAUUAAUAAAAUUUUCUUACAGCAAUCUGAGUAAAAUAACGCAAGAGGAAGAGAACUAUUAUGCUAAAUGAAGCACUCUGCAUUAUGAAUUCAAAAACGAUAAAGGGCUAAUAAGCACUCAAUUUUAUUUUAUAUUCUUCAUAAGGAGGCUCAUCUACAUGAUAAAUAUUGUGCUAUUAGGGCAGCAUCCAGAAACUCAAAUUGUUAUAAAUUCACUGUUAUCAGCUGUGCUCAUUAUUUAUUUUGCCAAGUAUCAGCCCUACAGUGACCUUUAUUAUCAGAUUGCAAAUCUUUCAAGUGAAGUUGCUACACUUUUAGUGAUGAUUUCUCUAUCUGGAAAUUUAUCAGAAUCCGUUAAUAUUAAGUUAACAACGACUGAAACUGUAACUACAGCUCUAAUUUUGAUUAUUAUUGCUACGCAGACAGUUGCGUCAGUUGGUGUUUAUAUAACUUCCCCCCUCCGUGAGUGAACAAAAAACAUUGGAAAAAUCGCUAUUUUUUUGCACAAAACCCCACCCUCCGUGAGUGAACAAAAAUUUUUUUUUCACUCACGGGGGGAGUAAGAUUCUGUUAUAAAACUUUGAAGGAAGGGUUCAAAAUGAUAGAAAAUCCAGAGCAUAAAUAUGCAAUAAGCACUGUACAGCCUAAUGUCAAUGUGGAAGAUCUUGAAAGACCACCAAUAACACUGGAAACAGAAUCUGAGCAAACAACGUUUUCUAAGUCUAUGUUCGUGAUUUCAGAAGAGGAAGAAAAGUCUUAG